GCAUUCCGACACCAUUCCAAUUGCAACCCAGCUGAGAAGAACGAAUGGACGGUACAAGGUCGGAUUCCAGGACGAAGGGAACCAACUCCGGAGAAACAACCAGGGCAACCGAACGAUUCUAAAAUCAUUUCCCGCAUCAACAAUCACAGCAUUAUUGGUAAUUGCCACCGGCGAGAGCAGCAGCAGCAGCAAAAGUCGUUAGCGGUUACUGAGAACGAAACCGUCGUCGUCGGCGAGGGUGACGAUUUCAACGGUAACAGAAAAAACUCAGCCCCCUGUAGAAGUGCCAGUGAUUGUAGUGACGGUUGUGGCUCUAGUCGAGCGAAGAGAAUCACUUUGGGAGAAUUCGCGACCAGUUGCUAUAAAAUCAGCUGCAAGGGCAGUAAGGUAGUGACGAAAAGUGAUGAGGAAGAGGGGAUUGGGGUCGCGUUGCCAGGAUUAUCAGUGACAGGAUCAUCUUCUUCUACGGGGUCAUCGAGUUCGUCGUUUUUCGCGGGGACUGUCGCUGCAACGGAUCAGGUCCUCUUCAAACUAGUCCAAAGGCUAGCAUCGCUCCGAAGCGGCAGCACUUCAAACAAGCCGAAAAUAUUCUCCAAAGGCAACAAGAAGAAGAAAAAGAAGAACCCAUCCAAGUGUAGUGGUGAAGAUUGCACCGACACCGAAACUGGUGCCAUUCAGAGCCAAAACUUGGCCGGCGAAUCGAAACGUCGUCCAUCCGUCGGAAGUGAGGUACCGGUCGUGGACAAGAAGGCACGCCCCACGGAAGACGGUCCUCUCGAUCCGAACUGGUACGACAGCUGCUCCGCCGAACUUGGUUGUAACGACGACCAGUGUUGGUCCAACGGGGCAGCAACCGUGCCCGACAGUGGCAAUUAUCAUGCUGAAAUUGCCUCCGAGCAGCGGAAAUUUAGUGGCAACGUAGAAGACGAAGUGUGCCGUGAUUUUGACGCCGCCAUCGCCCUCGUAGAAGGCUACGGAAACGCUGCGGCCGGCUGCAGUAGUGGCGGCGGUGAAGCCAAUCUAGUUAACAUUGGGAGAAUUGAUUGCAUAAGCAAGGGCGCAAGUGAGUUGGCCAGUGAUAGUGAUCUGUUUGUGCUGCAGAACGGUGCCGAACUGAACCAUGGUCCCGUCGGCGAUGGAAUAGUGCUAGCUCUGCACCACCAUGACGCUAAUAAUAAUGUGAACUGUUCGUCGUCGUCGUUCUUUGGUCAGCAGCAGCAAACGGAAGCAAUCAUGGGGGCGAACGUUUCGCGGCAUCACGAGAAAGGGCUCACCGGUCGGCGGGCCCAAUCAACUGAUAAUUUAAAAUCGGACCAAGCGCAAUCGUAUCAGUAUCCGAAUUACAAUAACAACAACAACAACGGUGGAAAAAAUCACGUGGCCAAACCGGUGCCACCGGAUUUAACUCCAGGCAGUGAGUUCAUAGAGAACCGGGGAGAGUGCACCGAUGAUGACUGCGAGUAUCGGGAUGGGUUCUGCCAGGGGUCCGAGAAUGGGAUCAAUUCUGGCGAUAGGAAUAAAUUUUGCGGAAGUUUGCCGAACCACUUGGAUGCGGAUGAUGCUUGCGAGGCGAUAUUCAAGCAGAACGAGUUUCUCCAAACGCACCUGAAAAACGUCCUGGCAAGCCAUCAACAACAACAACCGGAAUAUGUGACCGUUAACAGCAGCAGCAGUUGUCGGAUGGCGACAGGAGACGGCUUAGGUGGAGAAGGUCACCGGUUGACUUUGGAUGCUGGCGAAGGAGAUGCUACUGGUGAUGGGGGAUCAGCAAAUAUGAACCGCCAGCAACCGUCAUUAGUGCCAUCCGCCCAACAACAACAACAGCACCAUCAGCAGCAGCAAACGGUGCCCACAUAUCAGCAAAGUUCACCGUUUUACUCCAGCAGCAGCGGGAAGGGAUCCACCAUCUCGUCGACCGCACUCGGAACCGGCACUUUCCGGUCCGGUUGCACUGGAGAUCGACCGGACAUCCAGCUGAAGUUGCCGCUGCACCGAACGACGGUCGAUACCGGCUAUGACCAGGGCUAUGGCAGUGAGCGGUCCCCCGAGGAUGAAAUGCCUCCACCGUUGCUGUUGAUGCACGAGGCCCAGUACAACGAGAUUCUGGCAUCGUCGGGAGUCAAUCAACAACCGCCGACCAGUGUCAUCGAACCGAACGACCUGCAGCGAUUCUGGAACUACGAAAAAGCGGCGGCCAGUUUGAUCGCCAGCGGCGAGUACAGCUUCAUUACCAAAGAUACCGUUUUUCUGGUUCAAGUACCGAAGGGUACCCGUGGCCUGGGGUUGUCCGUUUCCGGAGGUUCGGAUUCUUCGGCGCCAUUUCCCGGACUGAUACGCAUCAAGAGACUGUUUCCGCAUCAGGCAGCAUGGGCUACCGGAAUGCUCCAGCCGGGGGACAUCCUUCUGGAGGCCAACGGCAUUCCGCUGACCGGGCUGACCAACUACGAAGCCCUGGAAGUGCUUCGGACCGCUCCGAACUACGUAACGUUAACAGUGUGCCGUCCGCAGGAUGAACAGUACCGCAAGCUGUCCCCGCCCAGUGAACCCCCGAAACCUCCACUGCGGAAUGCCUUAUCCAGUGAACCCCAGUCGCAGGUACAGUCGCCGCAGCUUUCCGGCAUAGUCGGCGGCGGUGGACCCGGUGGCCAACUGAUGCAAUUUCAGCACUUGCAGUACAACCAACAGCAACAGAUGGUGCCAUAUUACUAUCAGCAGCAACAGCAACAGCAGCAAUAUAUUUAUCCACCGCAAACAUUGGCUUUCGCACCGCUGGAGUCCAUGCAGAGCAACGGCAGUAUCAGUGGGGAAUUCGAAAUCAUUCUCACCAAGCAGCAAGGCUCACUAGGGUUCACCCUACGCAAAGAAGACGAAUCUAUCCUGGGCCACUGCGUCCGAGCUCUGGUUCGGGACCCGGCCCUGAACGAUGGCCGCAUCAAACCGGGCGAUAAAAUCAUGGCCGUCAACGACGUUCCGAUCUCGCAGAUGACCCACGAAGAGGCUGUGAUAUUCCUUCGACAGGCUGCCGACGUAGUUAAGCUACGGCUAUAUCGGGACCAAGCUCAGACACCACUCUCUGCCCAGUCGCCCACGCUGGGCGAUCGACGGCUGGAUCUUUCCAAGUCGGACUCCACAUCAACGGUUGGUGGAACGGGAAAACCCAAACCAAAUCUAAGGCCGGAAGCGCUGAACCUGCUGACGGACAUUGCCUAUCGAAAGCAAUCGAUAGCGACGAACAACUCGGGUGGUGGAAGUGGGUCAACCAGCUCGUCUGUCAAGUCUAGUAAUGCCUCACCGCGAAGACUACGGAGGGGACUACCUCAACAGCAGCAACAGCAACCGCACAGGACGUAUGAUAAUCAUGGCUACCAACAUUCCGAAACGUCCAACUAUUCGGAUUCGGAAACGUCCACGAUCGUCAGCCAGGGUGGAUCGAUGCAUCAACAGCACCAUCCUAUCCAGGGAGUACAAAUGGUACCCGGGGGACUGAUUCAUACGGGGUCUUGUAGGUCCUGUGGGGGAGCGGGGAAUGUCGGUACACUGAUGGAGGAGAACCUAGACGAAUCCUAUUACUGUGAUGACGAAAUCGAUAUCGAAAGUUUAUACGAAGACGACGGCGAACCUCAGAAAAGGCCGAAUUUCCUUAACUUGGCGGGAGAGAGCGGGAGUACACCCAUGUCUUCGCGGAAGCCACGUUUUCAGUUUUCAGUUGCCACUACGAACGCCUACGAGCUGAACAACCUGGACAACGAAGCCCUCGACGCUCCAACGAUGUAUGCCUUGAACGGCGAUCCUGUCAACGGCCAGCCUCCCGGUAGCGAUCAGUUUAUCAGUCUUCCCUGCGAAACAUUCCUGGUAGCGUGUAAAACCGAAAACGACCUCAAUGCGGACUCUACCGAUGCCAUCUACGUCAAGCACUUCGCUCACAAAUCGCCGCUAUAUUCCUCGGUGAACGUUCCACUCAAAGACACCGGCGGCAACGUGAGCGAAGUGGUGGAUGCCGUGGAGAAGGGCGGCAAAAAGAGCCUCAUGAAAUGGAAAGGCGCUGUGCUGAUAUCCGACGAGGACGAAACCCCUUCUAGCCACGUGUACUCCUCUGGAGGGAGCCUAGACGAUGGCACUUCGCCGUCCCUGUCGGCCGAAACGGGCACCGGUACCAUCACGAGUGACACCCCGGAGUCCAGUUUGGCCGCUACCCUGGGCACCAGCACCACGACACCGACCACCGAACGGGAACUGGACUUCAACGGGGGUGGAAUCGACAGCGAAGGCAAUAAGAUAUUCACUGUCGAACUGAACAAGGGAUGGAGCAGUCGGCUAGGGUUCAGCUUGCAACAGGAACCGGACACGAAGCGAACUGUGAUCAGUGCGAUCUACCGCGAGAGCGUAGCCGCCAAGGACGGUAGACUGCGAGUCGGUGAUCAACUCUUGAUGGUCAACGAGGAAUCGGUAGAAUCGAUGUCUACGGCUCAAAUCAUCAACCUGUUGCGAAUCAUUCGGGGAUCGAUUUGCCUCCGGUUGAUUCGUCGAACAGGUCAGUACUCCGCCGUUCCUGAACAGUCGGAAGGUGAAGUGCAACAGGAGUGCGAUCUGCCACCACCGCCCGACGAUCUCAUCAUAACUCCCCCAGAUACUUCCAAAGACCUAGAUGAGCAGGAAAUCCCUACUGCUGAACAGUAGAAUUCAACCACAUUUCCGUUAGGUAGAACUAAGUGCCGUCUUGACUUUUGAUUUUCAUGUAUGAAAAGACCCGCCCGUUUUCACCACCUAAAUGUAUCCGUUCGCAGGUUCGUGCCGUCUGACUUUUCGCCUCAGGAUAAGACUCUUACUAGUUAAUGUACGAAUAUCUGUUUUACGGUUUAACGGAAUUUCCAUCCGAAGUGGGUGUCAGACCCACUGAAAACCGAACUGUGCGACGAUAGCAACUCUUCGAGCUAAAACUGUGCAAUCACUUGGUUAACAGGAUUUUUCUUACUACAGAUAGAAGGACUGGAGUCAGCUAGAAGAAAUUUGAAAUUGAAUGUUCUGUACGUCAAAUGUAACAAAUCGGUACGUCAAAAAUGUGAUUUGUUCUAAACUAAGUCAAAUGUUUGAAUAGCUUGUACGACAACUGAUAAGAUAAAAAUCAUUAGAAUUCCAAUUUUUCUGUUAAGGAAAAUAAUAGUUAAUACUAACACACAGUACAUAUAAAAAAUAAGAUUGCAUUUGUCGAUUGAGAUAUAUAAAUAACGAAGCUAAGAAUUCUCGGAUAAUAAACUUAGAUCAAUUUUACCAGACCAUACCAAAAAAAGUUAGCUAUAAAAUUGUUACUAAAGAUACGGAUUGAGUUUUGAACACGAGAGAUGAAAACAUUUUAAUAGCCGACAUAGUGAAUAGGCGUUAGUGUUUCAUUUUCCAAAAGCUACCGGACAGGAAUAGUGUUUGAAUUGAAAAUUCAACGCCCUGUCUGCAAAGCGCCAGCAAAGAGUCUAAUAAAAUAUCAAAUAUUUAUACAAAAGA